CUCCGUCCGCAUCGCACCUCUGUCCCGCCACUUGAACUCCACUUUAAACAGGAAACCCAAACAUAAAAAACGCAUUAGUCUGGGCCCGGAUCUUUUACGGUUUUCGCCGUGGGUCAAUAACUAAGUUUCCGUUUCAUGCUGGUGCGCUCAAGAGGAGAAGGGGAGGCACGGAACUUUGAGAGAACAAGCUCUUAGCAAGGAAACAAUCCGGAGUGCGAGCGCGCGCGGAGGACCGAGAGACAAGAACCGUUGUACGUUUUUGGAGACGGGAAUGCCAGGCUGUCCUCCGUGUCGGAGAGCUUAGCGGCUAUGAGGAGAGAGCUCUACCGGCUGGGCUGAACGACACCACACCGCACCAACAGAAUGCGGGAGCGAUGCAUUUGUGGAGUGGGUUUGUGGAGCCUGCUGUUGUCCCUGUGCCUGGCGUCUCUCACACAUGCUCACCGAAGCCACACGGUGCAUGUGAAGGCGGGGACCUGUGAGGUGAUCGCAGCCCAUCGCUGUUGUAACAAGAACAAGAUUGAGGAGAGAUCUCAGACUGUCAAGUGUUCCUGCUUCCCUGGACAAGUCGCUGGGACCACCCAUGCCAUGCCUUCCUGUGUUGAUGCCUCCAUUGUAGCGCAGAAGUGGUGGUGUCAAAUGCAGCCGUGUAUGGAGGGAGAGGAGUGCAAAGUUCUCCCUGACCUCACAGGCUGGAGCUGCAGCACAGGCAACAAAGUCAAGACCACCAAGGUGACCCGAUAGUUCCACUCAUCUGGACCAGACGCAGUAAACAGCAGUGGAGUUACUUACACAGCACAAUGGACUCAACCUUAGCAGGACAAAAUGCACUCAAACAAACUGCUUUAUGGAUGCAGUAAUAGUUACAUUUUUCUGAAGAUAUCAAAGACGAUGCGGUCACAGAGACAGGACUCUGACACUGACCACCAUCUUUACACACACAUCAAGGACCGCAUUAUCCACAAUCCUUUACUUCAACUAGAAAGAUGUUCAAAACAAAACUGGAUCAGAAGGCAAAAGAUCUCCCGGCGAAAAAAGCUCUUUUCUUCAAGUGUGUCCAUAUGGAAAGUAUAAGGAAUUCGCAUUUUAAUUCUUACCAUAAUCGCUGCAAAAAGGUGCACAAAAUGGCUGUUUCAUAAUGCCGGAAUGACACAAUGAUUAUGUAACUGUGCCACAUGUGACACACGCUGUCAAACGUAUCUCAGAUAAACUUUUGUUGUUUUCCAAAUUUACUAUAUAAUAAAAAAAAGUUUCCUUAUUUUUUUGUUGUGGCUGACCAACCUCCAUUUUUGUAACAGAAGGAACAGUUUUUCAUUUCUUUCAUUUUCAUUUUUUGGGGAACAAAAUCCUUUCAGGGGUAAUCUUAGACUAAUACCACGUAGAUGUUGCGGUAUAUUGAAACAUGUAAACGUGUAAAAAUGGUCCAUGGAAUCAAUGGGGCUAAUACAAACGGUUGCUCUUCUGGUUUCUUAUCUGUGUUUUUAAACGCCUGUUAACCGCUAUUGAG